AUGGCGCUGACGUGUGUGUUUUUUAAUGUUAUUUCUCUAACUGGUAGCUGCCAUGUGCGUGAGGGAUGGAGGUUCUCACUUUUGAUUCGGCGUACGAAAAUCGUUGCCAAACAGAGAGGAUCAGUGUGUCCGAGAGAGAAAGAGAGAGAGAGGGGGAGAAGAAGAUACAGCAGAAAGAGAAGCUCCUCCGAUCUACAAUCUAUAGCUAUUGCGCUUUCUGUUUCGGAGACAUUUCUUACUCUCUCGUUCUCUCUCACUGUGAUUCCACCUUUUCGCCACAAUGAUUUCUGCAACUAA